AUGGAAAUAGACACUCAAUUUGCAGUGGUGUCAACAAAAUGUAUGAAGCUGUUUGCUUUGGUGCAAUUAAUUUUAUGUGAAAAGAACAUGCAGGUUUCUCAUCUACAGGGAGUUGUUGAUGUAUAUAAAAAUGACUUGCCAUCACCAGAAUUAAUUGAUGAAGAGUUUUUUGCUUGGAAAUUAAAAUCUCAACAAAUGCAAGAGAGACCAUCAACUUGUAGAAAUGCAAUUAAGCUUUGUGCAAAGGAACAUUUCCCAAAUAUAUAUGUGCUGUUGAAAAUAGCAUGCACUCUCCCUAUUACAUCAUGUGAAUGUGAAAGAAGUUUCAGCGUCAUGAGAAGACUUAAUAAUUACAUGCGUGCCAGUAUGAACCAUUACAGAUUGUCAUCAUUGGCUUUGCUUCAUAUUCACUAUGAUACAGAACUUAUUGAAAAGUUUGUCUGUCUUCAUCCUAGAAGAUUAGAAUUGAAAAACAUCAUUUAUAAUUAA